CCCGCUCCCAUAGCCCUGCCGGCAGCGCGGCGGCUGGCGGGGCCCCUCGGGAAGUUUGAUGGCUUCUUUGAGGAGAGUCAAAGUCUUGCUGGUGUUAAACCUGAUCGCCGUGGCUGGCUUUGUCCUCUUCCUGGCCAAGUGCAGACCCAUCACGACCAAGAGCGGCGACUCCUACCAUGACAUCCAUCCCAGGGCAGAAGUGGCCAACUUGACAGCCCACGGCAUCAGCUCCAUCCAGGAUGCAGUGCUGAAGAGGCUCUCGCUCCUAGAAGACAUAGUCUACAGGCAGCUGAAUGGUCUCUCCAAGUCCCUUGGUCUCAUUGAGGGCUAUGGUGGCCGUGGCAAGGGUGGCCUCCCAGCCACCCUGUCCCCCGAGGAGGAGGAGAAAGCCAAGGGACCCCACGAGAAGUACGGCUACAACUCCUACCUCAGUGAGAAGAUUUCCCUGGAUCGUUCCAUCCCGGAUUAUCGCCCCACCAAGUGCAAAGAGCUGAAAUACGGGAAGGACCUGCCCCAGAUCUCCAUCAUCUUCAUCUUUGUGAAUGAGGCGCUGUCGGUGAUCCUGCGCUCGGUGCACAGCGCCGUCAACCACACCCCUGCCCCCCUGCUCAAGGAGAUCAUCCUCGUGGAUGACAACAGCGACGAGGAGGAGCUGAAGGCGCCGCUGGAGGAGUACGUCAACAAACGCUACCCGGGGCUGGUCAAGGUGGUGAGGAACCAGAAGAGGGAAGGGCUGAUCCGGGCCCGCAUCGAGGGCUGGAAGGCUGCCACGGGCCAGGUCACCGGCUUCUUUGAUGCCCACGUGGAGUUCACUGCUGGCUGGGCAGAGCCGGUGCUGUCCCGGAUCCAGGAGAACAGGAAGAGGGUGAUCCUGCCCUCCAUUGACAACAUCAAGCAGGACAACUUCGAGGUGCAGCGCUACGAGAACUCGGCCCACGGCUACAGCUGGGAGCUGUGGUGCAUGUACAUCAGCCCCCCCAAGGACUGGUGGGAUGCCGGGGACCCCUCCCUGCCCAUCAGGACCCCGGCCAUGAUCGGCUGCUCCUUCGUGGUCAACAGGAAGUUCUUCGGGGAGAUUGGGCUGCUGGACCCCGGCAUGGACGUGUACGGAGGGGAGAACAUCGAGCUGGGCAUCAAGGUGUGGCUGUGUGGGGGCAGCAUGGAGGUGCUGCCCUGCUCCAGGGUGGCCCACAUCGAGCGCAAGAAGAAGCCCUACAACAACAACAUCGGCUUCUACACCAAGCGCAACGCGCUGCGCGUGGCCGAGGUCUGGAUGGACGACUACAAGUGGCACGUCUACAUCGCCUGGAACCUGCCCCUGGAGAAUCCAGGGAUUGACAUUGGGGAUGUUUCUGAGAGGAAAGCCUUGAGGAAGAGCCUGAAGUGUAAAAAUUUCCAGUGGUACCUGGACCAUGUUUAUCCAGAAAUGAGGAGAUACAACAACACCAUUGCUUAUGGAGAGCUGCGGAACAACAAGGCCAAGGACGUGUGCCUGGACCAGGGCCCGCAGGAGAACCACACAGCAAUCCUGUACCCGUGCCAUGGCUGGGGCCCACAGCUGGCUCGAUACACCAAGGAGGGCUUCCUGCACCUGGGGGCCCUGGGCACCACCACGCUGCUGCCCGACACGCGCUGCCUGGUGGACACGGGCAAGAGCCGCUUCCCGCAGCUGCUGGACUGUGACAAGGUCAAGAGCAGCCUCCACAAGCGCUGGAACUUCAUCCAGGCGGCCCUCCCCGGCCGGCUGCGGGUGCUGGAGGAGGCUCGCACACACCGCAAGAGAGCGUUGAGCAUGGCCUGA